AUGGGUUUCCUGGACAAACUUCAGUCGAAGUUCGAACUGUACAAACUAGAGCAGCGUUACACCAAGCGCAAGAGAAGAACCACAUUCAUCUCGGAUGCGGUCUACGUCGACGGCGAGUACGUCUACACCAACGGCCAGCAGCCACCCUCGCCACAGCGAUCGGGAUUCAGAGUAUCCAGCUUCGCAACCGGCAGCACGCGCACGCGGUAG